AUGAGAAUCGAUUCAUCAGGGAGUCCAUCCUUUGAAAUUUUAGUAGUUGUUACCGAAAUUCUACCUCUCGUUGAGGAAGUUGAUGGGGUGUUCACAGGAGAACCUUUGAAGAGUGUGUCUUCUCGGACGCGUCUGGUAGACGGGGUCAUGGGUGUGAAACUGGAUCGGGGAUCUGUUAUUGGUCCAAAUAUAAGAGGUUUUGAGGAUGAUACAGGACCGGAUAUUAAGCCAGAGACUGUGAAAGAUGACAAUGAACCACCGCUAGUAAACGAAGCACUUUGGUCAUGCGAAGUGCUAGUAUGGUCCUUACUCCGAGGGCCUGCUCCCUCGGGGUCCCAGAUACCCCACGAUCCAUCGGAUAGAAGAACCAUGAUGGCCUUUCCACCGAGAACCCAUGCCGCAUCCACUACGGUUUUCCGUUGGGGGAUGCCGACAGGGUUACGGCAAAACUCCGGAGAAAGGGUGAUUAACCAAGCCCCAUCAGCUUCUUUAAGAUCGGUAUCACUGGAUGACCCACGGUUUUUAGGAGGUGUUAGGGGUAUUGUGAAGACUCGGAUAGAACAGUCGGAGCAAGCCGCUGCAAAGACAGCAGUAUUAGAAAAUAUCUGCGGAUACGACUCAAGUGUUGAUCGGAGUUGUUCUGAAGAAAAUGUUGGGACUGCCAACCCCAGAACCUUUACCCCAAGUUCGUGA